CUGUUUGAGUAAGUGAGAGGCCAGGAAGGGCGGCGCACGUACUGGAGGGAAGAGCAGCGGCCCGAAGCUAGCGGAGGCUGCUAGAGGAGCGGGAGGAGAUCCCCGAGGUGGCCGCCGCUGUCCCCUUGCGGCCGGCGGCCCCCCGCAGGGAUGGGAGGCAGAGAGGCGGCGGUGAUAGGCGGCUGCUUCCCUAGUUGGCUCUAAGAAGGCGCUCGCCCGUCCUCCAGCAGCCUGGGAUGGCAGCCCGAAAGAACCACCACCCAGCCCGGGAGAGGUACCAGCUUCCUCCUGCAGCAGGAAACCAUAAAAUUCAACCUUGGACAGCAGUUACAAACCAAGCUUUAGAUGUCGCAUGGAGAACAGUAAAGGGACCAGUGAUGUUGGGCAUAUCAUUUCUUGCUGCCACCCUCUGCUACUUCAGAAGUCUAUUUUUAUAUUUAGGACAUCGGUUGAAAUGGUGGAGUGGAUACCUGCAGAGAAAAUUCAAAAAAAACCUCAGUGUGGAGGCAGAAGUUGAUCUCCUUGGUUAUUGUGCAAGAGAAUGGAAAGGAGAAACAAGCCGAGCCAAGCUGAUGAGGAAGGCUUAUGAGGAACUCUUUUGGCGUCAUCAUAUUAAAUGUAUUCGGCAAGUCAAAGGAGAUAAUUAUGAUGCAUUAAGAUCAGUUCUAUUUCAGAUACUCAGCCAGGGCCUCUCUCUUCCAUCCUGGAUGAAAGAAAAAGACAUUGUAAAGCUUCCUGAAAAGCUACUCUUUUCGCAAGGUUGUAAUUGGAUUCAACAAUACAGCUUUGGCCCCGAGAAAUAUACAGGCCCAAAUGUGUUUGGGAAAUUACGUAAAUGUGUUGAAUUAUUAAAGAGUCAGUGGACAGAGUUUAAUGGUAUUAAGGACCAGCACAAGAGAGGGAACAUGUGUAACAGCCUUUUUUCUGAUGAGAGCCUGGAAUACAAGCUAUAUGAAGCUUUAAAAUUCAUCAUGUUAUAUCAAGUUAUUGAAGUAUAUGAACAAGUGAAGAGUGAAAAGGCCAUUCCCAGUCUCUAUCGCCUCCUGUUUUCCAGGGAAACAUCCUCAGAUCCUUUAAGUUUCAUGAUGAAUCACCUGAAUUUUAUAGGUGAUACAUGUGGAUUACAACAGAUUGACAUGUUGAUUCUUGGACACUCUCUUGAAGUCAGAAUAAAAGUGUUUAGACUGUCUAAGUUUAAUACCAGAGACUUUCAAGUCUACUAUCCAGAAGAACGCCACAGAGAAUGGCCUGAGAUCUGCCUUCUGACUGAAAAUGACCGCCACUACCAUAUUCCUGUCUUUCAAGUAUGAGAUAGAAUUGGUACUAUUGUAUAUAAUAGCAAUGAACAUGCUUAAAAUAAAAUGUUGCAUGAAAACCAAAGCUUAUGUCUGGCCACUAAAAGAACUGAAUGCUUUUCUUUCCCCUUCUGGUGUUAUAGGGAUGUUGUGAUGGAUAAUACCUUUGUUGUUCUCUUGGGUGUAUGGUUUCUUCAAAAAGACACUGAGAACUAGAUUUAUCGGAAUUUUUUGACCUAGUUCAUAAAGGAUCUGGCUGUUCAAAAUACAUUUGAAUGGCACAGAAUGUUGAUCAAAAAAAUAGGUCUACAGUUAAUGUAGAAAAACUGACUUUUUACAAGUAUGCAAUCUAAAAAUAUUGGGACAUUGUUAAGCAUAACCUCAGCAAAAGAAAAAUAUUAUUUGGAAAUCUUUCCAUUGCUUAUUAUGAAUUGCUAUGACCUUAGCAUUAGCAUCUCCGUCCAUCCAGAAUCUCCAUGGUACUUGGUUUUCUACAAGCAUUUUCUUGACUUUUUAGGGGAAAAAAAGAGCAUGCAAGUGGGGAAACUACUUUUAUGCUAUGUUGUAUGAAGCUUUUUAUAUUAUUUUCAACUUUUGUGGCUGGAUCUAAUUGAUUUAACAUUAUAUGUACAAAAAUGAAUCUUUCUAUUAAAUAUUCCAUAGUUUGAAGCAAACAUGAUACAGAUACUGUACUGUUUCUGAAAUGUCAAGCUGUUAUAUAUCAUAUGCAUUUUAAUGGGGAAUUACAUGCUUUUUGAAGUUUCUCUUUGUAUUUAAUGUUAUUUUGAAUGACACCAUUUUUCUCUGCCAUCUGUAUCAAAUAUCAUCAUUAUACUCAAAAAAUGUAAAUUUUUAAGUUAAACCUUCUACCAAAUAUUUGCUACUUCAAAGUUGUUCACUUGAAGAAAGGUAUGAGGACUCAACAUAAUUAUUCCUCCUUACAUAGAGUGAGGAAUAGCUACUGUGACAUGUAAGAAAAAGAAUAUGUUAAUAAAUGCUAUGUGCAUGGAAGUCACAUCCAUCGUUAAAAGAACCUUAAUGUAAUAUUUUCAAAAAAACUAAGACUCAUGAGAGAUAUUUCAUAAGUUGUUGUGUAGUUUAUUGUUUCCUACCUUAACAAUAGAAAGUUCAAGUCAAGAGGAUUUAUAUUCCUUAUAUUUCAUAUAAUCCAGUUUAAUAUAUAGAAUCUGUGGGAUUGGAUUCUAUUAACUUUGUAAUCUCUAAGGCUGCUCAUAUCUUUUUUGAUUCUGAUUAAGAACUUUUAAAAUUCUUUCUAUCUAAAAAGUCAUUUUGAAGUGUAUAUUAGUGUGAUGUAACUCGCUGACUUUACUAAACCUAUGCUUUUUUAUCUUUG